AUGCAUUCAGAAAACUUGGACAUCCGGUGUCACGUAUGUGGGAAAAAGUUUGAAAGCAAGACCACUCUGAACUUGCACAGCUGGAGCCACGUAGAGGACCGGCCGCACAAGUGUGAUCUCUGUGAAAAGUCCUUUGGUCUCAAAAGUCUUCUGCAGGCUCAUAGAAAGAACCAUGAGAACAAGUGUCACCUCUGCAACAAGAGCCUCUCCACCACCCGAAGUUUGUCUCGGCACAUGAUGAGUCACUCUGAGAAACGCCACUUUGUGUGUGACGUUUGUGGGAAGCGAUUUAAAACCCCCCACCAUCUGAGGAUCCACAAGAAGGUUCACAUGGACAGAGAACGGUCGUUCCUCUGCCACGUCUGCUGCAAAGCCUUCUACUCCAACGGGUCGCUCCAAAUUCACAUGAAGACCCACAGCAGUGAGAGGCCGUUCGUCUGCCAGGACUGUGGGAAAAGCUUUGUGAGGAAAGAAGAGCUGAACAACCACCAACGAGUUCAUACCGGAGAGAGACCGUACGUCUGCUCCCACUGUGGACAGCGCUUCAAGAAUUGGACGAAUCUUAACAAACACGUCAGGACCCACUCGGGCAUCAAACCCUUUGUUUGCAACUUGUGUGGGAAGGCUUCUGCAACUCCUGAACACCUGAGGAUCCACAUGAGGACCCACACUGGAGACAGACCCUACAAGUGCUCUCUUUGUGACAAGACCUUCACCCAGAGCCACUGUCUGAAAACACACAUGAUGAAGAACCAUGCUGGAGAGAACCCGAGCCAGACCGGACCCUAA